AUGAUUCGACGGAGAGCGGAAGAGAUCUGCUCAUUUUAUUUCCUUAUGUUACGAAGGCUUGUUACUACGUUUUUCCUAGAAUUACGUAUGUUAUCCUUUUCAACGGCACUAAGCAACGAACGUAAAACAUUUUUGUUUCGUUCUCGUCUUCCACAAACAAAUGUACAGAGUCCUUACGCUGAUCCGACGCGCACAAAAGUUGAAGUCCAAAACGAAGUUCUUAUCACAGUAGAAGAUCCCGAAGAGAAUGCCAUUUCGGAUUUGUCGAACCCAUCGGACACACCAUUUAUAAAAUUAGCUGUGUCUGCCAAGAAACUCCUUUCUUUUGGUUUUAAUAACAAAGUAAUUUUGAGCCAUUAUUUCGUUUAAAAAGCAGCUGAUGAAAUCCUUUCAUCAAGAUUAGUGAGCAUUUUCGAACCGAUGAAAUGGGACAGCAGGUUGCAAUCGGAGCUUCGAGUAGUAAAGAUAAUAGAUACAGAUGUUGAUUGA